AUGCUAGACCCUGGGGAUCCAAGACGGGGAAGAGCGGCCCUGAUGGACAAGAACGGACAUCUGGCCAUGCUGGGCUUAGAUGCCACCACAGGGUUCAGGGAGGACGAGGAGAGUGCUCAGCGUGCUCCAGAUGCACAAGUCCUGGCCAGCACCAAGCCCGUCCAGCCUCCGAGCCUGCGCCCUUGCCGUCUGCCAUGCCCGGACGCCUUCUCCAGCUCCACGAGGAAACAUCUCCGUCUUGUUAUUCAAAUCCUAGAGCACCUGUCAGAGCUCCUGACAAGCCUUCUCUGGCCACUCAAGGAUACAGGUGUAGGUAAAUCCAGCAUCGUAUGGCGGUUCGUGGAAGACAGUUUUGAUCCAAACAUCAACCCAACAAUAGGGGCAUCUUUUAUGACCAAGACUGUCCAGUACCAAAAUGAGCUACACAAAUUCCUAAUCUGGGAUACAGCUGGACAAGAACGAUUCCGUGCCUUAGCACCCAUGUACUACCGAGGGUCGGCUGCAGCUAUAAUUGUUUAUGAUAUCACAAAAGAAGAGACAUUUUCAACAUUAAAGAACUGGGUGAGGGAGCUCCGGCAGCAUGGCCCGCCCAAUAUUGUGGUUGCCAUAGCAGGAAAUAAGUGUGAUCUUAUCGACGUCAGAGAAGUCAUGGAGAGAGACGCGAAGGACUACGCCGACUCCAUCCAUGCGAUUUUUGUGGAGACCAGCGCGAAAAACGCAAUAAACAUAAAUGAACUCUUUAUAGAAAUUAGUCGAAGAAUUCCGUCCGCCGACGCCAGCCCACCAUCUGGCGGGAAGGGCUUCAAGCUCCGGAGACAGCCUUCCGAGCCGCAGCGAAGCUGCUGCUGA